AUGUCGCAAAGGGGCAAAGCCCCCAGGAAACCUCCUGACAGGGGAGCUCCCCGAACUGUUGUGCGUCGGGAUUUAAGGAACCCGACCAAGCUGGUCCCCGCCACUGAGCUGGGGACCUUCCACGCUCGCCCGGCAUCCAAGGGCACCCCCUCUGCCCUCGCGGGAAGCGGCAAUGAUGCCGCCGACCGGGAACCAGGCAGAGGGGAAAGAUGCGCGCAACCUGGCCCAUCUAAAAGACGCGCACCGCCGUCGCCGACCUCGCCCGCUAGAGGCGACAAACGGAGGGACGUAGAGGAGUCCCCCCCCCGCGACCUUGACCUAGUGAAGGUGCCGCCGACGCCGAGAAUCCGGCUUGUGGACAAGGGCUACCAACCCCUACCGUCCCAGUCGGGUACCGUGCGGCGAAAGCCUUCACCCCCUCCGCGCUCACCCUCCCCCCGCCGGAUAGCGGGAGCGAGGAGGGAGGGGAAGACAGGCGUUUUUACGGUGACGCAUGCUCGUCGCCGUCACCAGCGUCGUCGCCCGAGACAUCGCGAGCACCCUCGCCACUACCCCGUUCCUACACAUUGGAUAGGGGUGGAUAUGACGCCACUUCUUAUGUGGCACUCGAGGCGGUUUCACAAUCGCCCGAGCCGAUGCUCCCCCGUCCCCUCGCCGCGACGACGAACCCCGCCGUCAUUCGCGGCAGUAGCGGCGGGUCCCGCCACCGCGGCCCCCGCCACCCCAGCCCCUGCCACCUCAAUUGCCCCGGCCCUCGCUCCGCCCCUCCCCUCUCAGACGAGGAACGCCGACGCAGAACGCCUCCCUAACUGGACGCGCCACUUCGACCAGCUCAGGCGCGUACUGGGGGAGGCACCCAACGCACGACCCUACGGCACGGGGGUCAGAUUCCUACCUAGGACGGACGAAGAAUUCCGUGCCGUCCAAAGGUAUUUGGUAGAGGCCAGCGAAAAGGACCCAACAAUAAGUUGGUACUUUUAUAGUCUGGCCUCCGAACUGCCCACUAAGGUGGCGAUAAGAGGACUCCCAGCCGACACGCCCAAUGACAAGAUUGCGGAGGCACUGCAGGAGAAGGGGUUCGGAGUGCGGCUAGUGCGGGGCAUACCCGCGCGUCGCGGCCGCCCCGGCUGCAUUUUCCACGCCCAACUCGACCCCAUGGACAGGGACGAGCUCACACGCUUGUACGCGACUGAUGAGCUCCUGUACAUGCGGGGCGUCGUCGUUGAGGCGUGGAAGCCGGCAUCGGUGCUGCCACAAUGCCACAGAUGCCAGGCAUUCGGCCAUGCAUCGGCCAAUUGUCACCGGCCUGUGAAAUGCGUUCGCUGCGGUGGGGAGCACCCGGCGGCGAACUGCGACAGGCCGAGGGACCAAAAACCGACAUGCGCCAACUGCGCCAAGGCACAUACGGCCAACGACAGAAAAUGCCCGGUGUAUAAGAGGGAGGCACGGCAGAGGGGCAUCAAACCCCGCCCCCCCGUCCCUACCGCGACGACAAAAACGCCCGUGGCGCAAACACAGCGUCGUAAUAAACCCACCGCGGCGCCGCGUACCUACGUCGCCCAGGCCCCUCCUCCCGUAAUAACGGUCGAGGAAACAGCCGGCGCCAACCUAAUGGCGCCAGCCAACGAGCCGAAGCAUCGCGGCACCGACACCGGUGAAAAUAAAAGACGCCGCCGCCGAAGACGCGGCAAGAAGAGGCGCGGUGAUGGGCCAGUUACGGCCUCAACUCCAAUCCCCUUCUUACCGAUCCCACCCCUACAAGCUAUGCGUACAUCGCACCCCCUGGGGCCUUCCCAUGUAUGCCGUCCCAACACAGGGUCCACGAGUUGCGCCACGUCGCCGCCGGGCGGCGCCACCGGCACAUAG